AUGAGGUACUACGCUCUAGCAAGAGCUCUACUGUUUCAGGCUCUUCUCUGCAAUGUUCUCGCUGCCAAUAUAAGAAGCAUAUACUUGUUUAAGGACGUGCUGAAAUCCAACACCACGGCUAUCAAGACAUCUGGCUUCAACAGUCUUAUCAUCUUUGGCGUUGGCGUCAUCGAUAAUGGCGAUAUCAUGUACUAUUCGAACACACCUGGAAGUUCAGAUGUGCUGAUCGCAUCCAACGGUGCCUAUGUCGGCGGCACAGCGCUCUCCGACAAGGUCCGCUCGUUCAAGACAGGCACUACGGGCGUUAAUCGGGUUGAGAUCUCAAUGAAUUCGCAGCACAUCGCCGAUUUAAUGGCAAGCCCGGGUCCCGGCUCCUCAACGAACCUGUACCGCAACUUCGCGGCGCUCAAGACAGCCUGGACCCUCGACGCCGUCAACAACGACGACGAGUCCAUCUACGACGUCUCCAGCACGGUGGCUUUCGGAAAGAUGCUCGGCGCCAUAGGCUACAAGUACACCAUCGCUCCAUACACCAACUCGGGCUUCUGGAACUCGGUCAAGACGCAGCUCAAUAAUGGCCUCGCGGAGCCGAACCUGCUUCUGGACAGGGUCUAUCUGCAAUGCUAUGACGGCGGCGCCGGCAAUGACCCCGCGGGCUGGCAGACCACGCUGGGCUUGAAGGUUAUCCCGCUUGUCUGGGUCACCAAUGACUCGAAACCAUCUUACGGCACGACGCCUGCCCAGGCGCAGACCAAGUUCAGCGGCUGGCAAUCACGGAGCACGCUCGCAGGGGGAGGAUAUUGGAAUGAUUAUGAUAUCGAAAAGAUGGGAUCGUCGUACACGGAUUACGGUAAUGUGCUGAAGACUGUCUUCCCUUAA